ACCGUUGAAGGAAAAUCGUAUUGGUACCAAUCAGAAACGCCAGCUCAAAAAAAUAAAAUAAGUGCCAAGCAACACUAUCUCUCCAUUGCUCGCUAUGUAGCGGGUCAGUCCACCAAUCUUAACUGCAAUGAGCAAUAUCAAAAGAACGUUAAAAAGCCGUUAGCAACCAGACAAGAGACUGAUGUGAGCUUGCUGAGCAAUCCAAAUGCGAUAGGCGGUGGUGCAGGUGGAGGGGCGAACAGUGGGGGUCUCAACCUCAACAUCAGGGGUGCAGCGCCACUUGUUCAAGGCCGUACUGAUUGGGCUGCCAAGUGAGUAUUAUUAUAACUACCCUAAUUCAUCUCCAAUACUAUAAAGGAAGUAAUUGGCUUUAUACACUUACGGGAUAGGAAAUUCA